AUGGUUUCAAGAAAUUAUAGGCCUAGUAUAGAAAAGUCUAGUAUUGAUUUGAAUCGCGAAACAUCGUCAACAUCUAUCUCUGAAACCCAACCUGAACAUUGUGCUGAAGGGUUGGAAAAUAUUAUUCUACACAAUGAAGAUGAAUCAAGGCAUAAAGAUUACUUCAACACCAACCAAAUAGGUGAGCAAGCAAGGACUGGAAGGCAAUGCAAAGACCAUUGGAACAAGAUGAAUCAAAAGGUGGCGCGAUUCAAUGGAUGUUAUAAACGAGUUCAAUUAGCACAUCACAGUGGUUGGUCUGAUGAGCAAAUUCUUGAGAAUUCACAUCAAUUGUACAAAUCUGAAAAUAACAACUCAAAUUUAUUAUUUGUGGACUGUUGGAGAUUGCUAAAGGUUGAGCCGAAAUGGAAUACAAUGUACCAACCAACAUGUGGUAAGAGAACAAAGGUGUCAGAAUCAGGGGCAUUUACUUCAUCUUCUAAUGCAGACAUCAGUGACGAUGAAGUACGUGAAGUGCGCCCUACUGGCCAAAAGGCAACAAAGAGAAAAGGAAAGGAAAAAAAAGACACAAUGCUAGAUUUAUAG